AUAACACGACAAUGAAAUAAAGUGUAUCUAUCCUCUUCACUUUUCCAUUUUCCUCUCUCAGUCUUGGGAGUAAAGAAAUUUCUUCUUGGCAAGAAAAAAAUGAGGAACACGCCUACUACUCGGAGAUCAUCGGUUCGAAUCACGUCGGCAGCAUCUCAACGCCGUCUAACACCGGAGCCAGAACCGGCGGUGAAAAAAUUCAUCAAGAUUAUUAAUCUUUCAACUAUCAAGGAAACAAUGAUGAAAAUUCCGGAGAGAUUUGUAAGAUUAGGUCCCAAACUCACUGACAAUGUGACUCUCGAGACUCCUGUGGGUUUCAAGCGUUCGAUUCGGAUCAAACGGAUUGGUAAUGAGGUCUGGUUUGAGAAAGGUUGGAGUGAGUUUGCUGAGGCUCAUUCUUGGAGUGAAGGUCAUUUUCUGUUUUUUCAUUACAAAGGGAAGUCUAGUUUUAGUGUUGUGAUCUUUGAUGUGACUGCUUCUGAGAUCGAGUAUCCAUUGGACAAAGUUUAUGUCAUUGAAAGUGAUGAUGAUGAUGAUAAAGAAGAAGUGAUGGAAGUUAUGGAUGAUGAUGAACAAGGGUUUGCUGGAUUUGAAAGUAGUGAGAGUGAAGGAGUGAUUGAAUUGGAUGAAUUGUUGAAGAACAAGAAGAGGAAACCAAGAGUCAGCGUUAAGUCUGAGAAAGUUGCAACAUUUUGGUAAAAACUUCUUUUUAAGAAGAUUUUGUAGGUUUUGUUUGUG